GGCAAAAAGGAUGACCUCAAAAUAACGCCAUGUAUGAUGAGCAUAUACUGUAGUACAUGGUAGGUGUAAGUAAGAUUCCUCAUAGAGGCUACCGACCUCCCUUAGUCCCUGUAUGCAGAGUUACUGCUGGUGUUAUUCGGUUAUCGAUAGGAUCAGAUCUAUCUAGAUUUCCAUGUCUAGAGCAGCGCCCUACGUCAUACAGCAUUCGAAGAUGAUCAUUCAUUUGCCUCCGGCAAUUUGAGCUCGAGACAUGGAGAACCGUCAAGCAUCAUCAUCGCAGUCAACAUUGACAUUAAUGUUCACGCAACGCCAACGAAGAAACAUCCUGCCUUUAUCAACACCCUAAGAGAGCAACGCACUUUCAAUGGCAUACCGAGCGCCCCACGACAGAGACCGCCGGGUCUACAUCAUCCUCCACCAAGACAGCGUGUCAGUCACUAUCCUGGGCGUCUUUGAAGAGCUGCAAGACGCCAAUCGAGACUGCCUGUUCCAAGCAACGCAGGCGGGCAUCGACCUGUUCCAAGAAUCGCCUACCUAUGGCCCCGACAAGUAUCACAUCGCCCCAAUCGAGCCUGCACGGUGGGACACGGCGGACGGUGUGUCGUGCUGGGUUGAGAGCCAUACGGUGGAACCGAGUCGGGUUGCGGCAUCUAACCUGGCGGGGCGCCGGCACGGCUGAUGGCUGGAAUUGAUGUCACGAAGCGAAAUACAAGAUUGUUGAGAGCAAUAGAAAAGAAGGAAGAAAAAUAGAGAACAAGAGAAAGGCCAAAGCUAUGCGGAGGAAUGAAGGAGGAAGGGCUUGGUUGCAUUAUGAAGCGAUCCCGCAGCUUGCACACUGCACAACCUGAAUUAUACCUACUCGCGGGGGACAUACAGGCGCUACUUGCUGUACGUGGAGGUGGCGAAUUGAGGGCGCAUCAGCCGGGAAUAUUCCUGCACAAUGUACGAUUACUAUAGUGGACAGUCAUACACACGG